AUGGACUAUUUGGGUGACAUUAUCUGUUUGUCGCUGGAUUCUGUUAUAUUUGGUGUUUGCUUAAAGGCCUACCUUCGAAAUAAACAUGCUUUACAUUCUAUUGAGAAUGCACCUGAAUUUGGAAUUGACAAGCACCUGGAAGUAUUUCUUAAUAAGAAUUCUGGAAAAUUUCCCUACAUAGCAGUUAGAGGAAGCGUUAAAGCCUUAGGUCCUGCCAUCAAAAGCUUAAAUCAUCCUAGUAUAUCAGGAGUAAUUCAAAAACUUAGUAUAAGAGACAUGUCGUUUCGAGAAGCUCAUCAGGAUUUUGGUUUGACGGAAAAUCAAAGAACUAUAAAUGAAAUAUUCAAUUCAAUACCUUUUGCUCUCACUUCUAGAAGAGGAGAUGUUGAAGUUGAAGUAAUUGAUGCAUUAGCUGCUGAAAUAUUAGAUCUGGAAGUAGUUUCAGAUAGAUUCGAUCCGAGUAAUCUUGGUUUCAUGGAUCACAUGUGGGGAUUUUUUACUGGUAUUCGUAAAAGAGGUUUACAAACAAUAGAAGAAAUUUUAAAAGAAGGUGCUUAUAUAACUGCAGUGGGAGAAGUGCAAAAAGAUGGCGGCUCGCUUAGAAUUCAACCUCCAACAGAUGGAACACCAUUUUUUAUAUCUACAAUGCCUGUAAAUUCACUCGUUAGACGAUUAGAUGAAAAAGUUAAAUAUUAUGGGUGGAUUAGUUUUGGAUUUGGCGUUUUAGGAAUAUUUUUAUUUGGCACAUUAAUAAGAAAAUAUUUUAAAAAGCACAAUGAAUGGUUAAAAAAAGAAGCCGAGAGAAAACGUUUAGAAAGCACAAGAAAGGAAAGGAGAAAAAAUGUUAGAAAUACGGAAGAUUUACCGAUGGAUAAAUUGUGCGUCGUGUGCCAGAGUAAUCCCAAAGAAGUUAUUCUUUUACCUUGCGGACACGUUUGCCUAUGCGAAGAUUGUAGUGAACAAAUAACAAAUUUUUGUCCCGUUUGUAAAAGUCUUAUUGAAAACAAGAAUCCGGCAUAUAUUUCAUAA